CGAUACACCAGCCAACUCUCUUUGCGUUCUGCACGGCAUCUAUCCACAAGCUUCGUCACCCAAUUUGUCUGGAUUGGUUGGACGAACUUGCAUAUCCUUGCCAAAUUGGCCGACGAGAGAGGUUCUAACUAAAACGACAAUUUGUUCAUUCGAACGAAAAGCAAUACGCCAUGAAGAAGCUGCUUAGUUCUUUGUUGGUUCUUGGGACCAUCGUUCUACCCUGGACAGGUGUUACCGCCGAGGAGAUUGUCAUCUUUGGUUCGGAUGCAUGCGAGUGCGAGGACAAUAUCGGGCACUUUUGUGGCAUUGAUGACAACUGUCAUCCAUUCUCUUGUGAAAAUUACUAUCUGUAUGCCGACCGAAAGCUCACGGGGUAUUCGGACAACGCCACUAUGCAGUGUUUCGGCUACUCUCUCGGCGAACAAGAACGAGCUCAUGGCGUAGUGUAUGGAUGCAGUCCUCUCUUUCCGUUUGUACUCCCCACACCUGGCAAGCAAGUGACAGAGCCUUUCAACCGAAAGUGCACCGCAGAGCGAGACGAAAGCGGUUUCUCGUUUGAAUGCUACGAGUUUCAGGACGGCGAGGCUGCCGCAGACUUUAGCUUUUUCGAACGAUUAGCUAAUUCGUUCUUUCCAGACUGUACGGAUGGUGAUGAUCCCAAAUACUACUACAUGAUUGCCAGUAGCAACCACUAUCUGGGCUUUGAAGGGCUGCAGGGUAACCCCAUAGUGGCAGGAGGUGCCGAUAUCGACGGUGAUACGAUAUGGCAAUCCAACCCAUCAAACUUCUUUCGUCGGGAGACUGCCUUGUUGGCCAUGUAUGCCAACGUUGUGGGCGGACCAGCACCAUCUCUGUCGGAAUCUGGAACAGUCAUCUUAGAUCCACCAGGAGGCCUGUUUGACAACAAUCCUCUCGACAAGCCGUCUACAAUGGCCCCGACGAAUGCGGCAGGAACCCAUCCUGGCAACGUGUUCAACCAUUCAGACAACAAACCGCCUACAGCUGAUGGAACAUCAGAAGCGGAGGAAGGGUUGAAUCAAACUGCUGCCCAUGAGGAAGGAUUGAACAUCACCAAUGAUGCCGAGGCGGGUUUAAACAUGACGAAUGACACAACGUCGAUGCCACAAGCAGAAGAUGAAGAAUGA